UGAAAAUAGCUUUCUGUGUGGAGAUAAUUUCAGUAGUUGAAAUCUAUUGGUGGCUACGGAGAUACCCAGACUCUGACUUCUCCCUGUAUUCUAUCUUCCUUCUUCAGUUCCACGUAUGUAGACGACGAAGAAUAAGGUCAUCCAACAGAAGGGGAAGGGACUUAGAGAGAGAAACACAAGAGAUGAUGGUAGUUGCUGCCGCUACUAUUUCCAGCACAUCAUGUAUACAGAUAAUGAUGAUACAAGGUAGUGGUGGUGGUUAUCCAUCCAAAUCCAUGGAGUUGCGAUGGAUAAGUAGCAGAAGCAGAAGAAAGAACCUAAACCCAAAUCCAAAUUCAAGGGUGUUGGGCAGCUUAAAAUCAAAACCUCCGCCAUUAAUGAUGCCAAUUUACAUAUCAACAGACCCAUCCCACAUUAAUCUCCAACAGCUCAGUGAACUUUACAGUAGUUGCAAUCACUCCGGCCAUCGAUUCCCUGAGGUGGACCCCAACACUGGCAUAGUUGAAGAAGCCAUGGACUUGGACAAGCUCCGAAUUGCUCUCUCCCACAGUUGUGUGGUCGUCUCAGUCUUCUGCAAACCUCAGCAUGUCGAUGUCACUAAGACCGCCAAGCAAAUCCAAAACCAAGAAAACCAGAAGCAAAUGAGCAAGGGUUUUGUUGGAGAUUUGAUGGAGAGUGUGAUGCCCGUUACCCCUUCCAACGCCAAGCUUGUGGGCUUUGGCCGUGCUGUUUCUGAUUUAGGAUUGACUGCAUCCAUCUAUGAUGUUAUGGUUAGUCCAUCUUUACAAGGAAUGGGAAUCGGCACGAUAAUAGUUAAAAGGAUUGUAAGAAUGCUCACAAGUAGCGACAUUUAUGACAUAGCUGCCCUUUGUUCCAGGAAGGAGAGCUUCUCUUUCUUGCUUUGAGGCCCAGAUUUUAUUCUAGGACACCCACACAGGCUGGAGAGAAGCUGAUUUACUGUUCAACAUGUUGCAAAGUCCUUUUAACAAAGGCCAUCCGAGUAUAUUACAGUUAGCCUACAACUUAUGGGGAAUUACUGUUUCUCUUGAAUGUGCUGCAUCUUAUAGGUUGCAUUCUUAUGACAUCUAGCUCCAUUCUGCUACCUUUUUCCCUAAAUGAGAACGAAGAAAAUUCUAUUAGGACAUAAAAUUUGAUUAGAUAGGUGCUUCCUGCUUUCACUCAAGUGACUGCUUUAUCUUGUUCAACGAUGGCAUUGUAUAGACAUGUUGCAAAUAAACUAUGUGGAAAUCUGAGAGAAUGUUGUCAAGAUAAAAGUUGGGAUCGAAAUACGAGGCCACCUAUGGCCGGUUUCUUUUGCACGGCUGUAGAUGAUUUCAUGGGUCAAUGAUAAAUGGUUUAUAUUCUUCUGUGACAAUAGAUGACAAAACCUUUGGUAGGAUUCCUAAUUAUGAUCUUUAUAGCUUAUUUCAGGUUCUUCUUCAAAGCGUGUGGAUUCAGAGAUGACAUUUUGGGCUCUACUACAAUGAUGUAUACAAGGACAAUUUCCACUUCUUUUGAACGUGACCAGAUGGUUACACGGGCUGGUCGGAAGCUCUUGUUAGC